AUGCGACAACAAACUGUCAUCGUACCCACUCAGGGCGUCAUUCGCACGCACCAAAAAGUGGGUUCCGGAGUCUUCACCGAUCUGACCAAAUCGUUGCUCGAGAAAACGAAAAAGGCCGUCAUCGAUACGGUCAAAGGUUCUAAUGAUAAAUUGGCGAGCUUGGUGGUGGAUAAAGCCAAAUCCACCAUCGCCACGAAGGCCAAGGAAAUUAUCAACGCCGGAAACAAAGUCCAUACCGACGUGAAAAACAAAGUCGAUCCCGUAGUGAAGAAAAACAAAGAGAUUAGUGAAGCGAUUCUGAACGAGCUACAAUCGACAUCCACUCGCGUGAAUCUUCCGAAAAGUACAUCCAAUCCGCUGAAUAUCGGUCGAGGUGUAAGCAUCGCUGGAAUUAAACCGGGUCGUGGAGUGUCCAUCGCCGGACGUGGUUCGACAUCGGGUGGUGCGAUUAAUCUCAUCGUGUAA